AUGCACACCGGUCCGAAGUCGGAAUUCGAGCGCCAAUUGCUCGAUUCCACCACACCCGAAGCUCGAGCGUUUUCCUACACUAACGGUUUGGGUUUUAGAAAAAGCUCAACCAGACCAGAUACCAAUCGCGGUCGCCCGAAGUUCCUGGGCAUAGUUGGAGACUUCCACGACGCUACGCAAGCUGUUGUGGACCAGAUCGCGGUCAAGUACAAAUCACAUAUAGAUUUGAAAGAAACGAUAGCAAACUCGCCCCCAGGCUUCAAAGAUGAGGACAUAGAAGCGUGUCUAAAGGAAUGGGGCCCUGGUAUCUGGACUAAUGGCCGCGACGGGACGCCGUUCGUGACUUCCAUCGACACGAAGGACGGCAAUUAUCCCAAUCACCUCAGAUACGGGAACAAGAACGAUCGCAACUUAAUUAAGAUGUUGGUCUAUUGCUGGAUUAUCUUCCGUGCAUAUAAGAAGAUGGAGCUGAAGCCUGCCCCGAAAACAACCAACGCAACUAGCCAGGCGCAGGCUGGCCGCAAAGACGAAACUUCCGAACGACCACGUUCGCUUGCCCAUCUAUGCGUUAAACUCACAACAGUCGGGUUCGCGAUAUUCGGGUUCGCGAUGUUUGUGUUCGCGAUAUUGGUCAUCUUCGUUUGA